AUGCCUCGCACAAGGCAAAGGAAGACAGAAAGAGGCAAGAAGGAUCUCUCAAUUUACAAGCAAGCUUACAGUGAAGUAACAAAUGAUGGUUUAUCUAUUCGUGCUGCAGCCAAAAAAUACGAUCUUUGCCACGUUUCACUUAUGCGAUAUGGUCGCAAAACAACAACAAUUGAAGAAGCAAAAGUCAUGUACGAAGAUGAAAACGCUCUCAUCCCCAAAAACACCUCCCUACUAAUCGCUAGAAUACCCAUAACAGCCCCUAAGCAAAAGCAAUGGGAAGGCUAUGGGGGUAACGAUAAUCAACCUACCAAAGUGGAUGAGGGUGGACCAGUAGGCAAAGCCAUGGACUUGGCUAAUCUCGAUGCUCCUGAAGACGAUAAAAUCAAAGCCAUGAUGUCUCAGAGCACGCAGGACUAUGAUCCUAGCAAUUAUAUAAAAAUUCGUGGUGCAAAUCAAGUAGGUCCAGUGCCAGCUUCUUAUCGUUGCUAUAAAUGCUAUCAGACGGGGCAUUGGAUUAAAGAUUGCCCUUUGGGACAAGGAACUGAUCCAGUUGAAAUUAAAAAAAGCACCGGCAUACCUCACAGUUUCCUAGUUCCCGUGGAUGGUCCCCAAGUUCCUGGAGCCAUGAUGAUGGCCAAUGGGCAAUACGCGGUUUCCGCCUUGGAUUUGCAAGCUUACAAUCAAAAGUCCACAGGUCCGAUUGCAGCGCAAGAGCCGAAACCUGAAAUUCCCGAGGAUUUGGUUUGUUCGAUUUGUUCCGACUUGUUAACUGAUGCCGUUAUGAUUCCUUGUUGUGAUAUUCCUAAAGAGGAGGUCGCUAAAAAAGAAGCUACACCUCCAGUAGUAGAUGCGAAAGAAAAUUUAAAGGAAGAAGAAAAGACUGUCAUUUCUGAAGCUGAUUCUACUGAGCAUGACAAAAACGGAUUUUCUAAAGAUAUUGAAUUAGAUCCUCCAAAAUCCAAAUCUGAAGACCCAGAUGGCCCACCAGGAGUUUCACCAGAAGAUUCUUCUCCGACUCGUAAAGCCCACAGCAAAGCUUCUAAAAAGGACAAAGAAAAAUCCAGAGAUAAAGAGAAAUCCAGGGAAACAGAACAUCGUUCCCAUAAGUCUCGCAGGAGUAGGUCACCAUCGCCAAGGAAAUCUCGUAGUAGGAGAUCUCCUAGUUACGAAUCAAGACAUGUUUCUGAGAGGCAAAGCGGUACCCCUACAAGAGACGAACCGCCACCAGGAAUUGCAAAUAAUUAUGCACCACCAAUUAAUCAAUAUCCAGGUCAUGGUACUAAUGUACCGCCUCCUGGGAUGCCGCCAAUGCAAGGUCAUCCAGUUACAAUGCAUCCCACAGGGUUUCCUCUGAACCAGCCGCCACCUUAUCAUCCUACCAACGCGCCGCCAAAUUUUAGAUUGCCGCCCCCAGGCAGUCAGCCACCACCUUUUAUGCCUCAAGGAGAAGAUACGAGGUACUGCUGCCUAAAAAUGUCUAGUCGCACGAAAAAAAUUUUGGAAUUGGCCAAACUAGCACAUUCUAGCGAAAAUAAUACUGAAGAAAAUGAUUAUUCUCUUCAAGAAAUCAGUGAAAUUGAACUAUCAGGAAAUAUUCUUUUAAAUAAAGCCUUAUCUCCAGAAGAUAUUUUUAAUAUCAUCAGAGAAGUCGAGAAUGUCUUUGAUAACGAUAAUGCCAGCGAUAAUCCUGAUAAUAGUGUUAAUAGUGCUGAAAAUCACAAUCACAAUGAACAAUACCAUCCCGGAAUCGGAAAUAAUGAAACCAUACACGAGGUUAACGAAAUUGGAACACGACAACUAGAUGAAGCCUUAAGUUCAGAAGAUAUAAUUACUAUUAUCAAUGAAGCUUUGAUAUUAACGAAAAUCCAAGCGAUUGUAAAUGAAAUUGAGACACGACAACAUGGGGAUGACAUUAAUAUUGCGAAUAUUAUCACAAAAUCUGGAGAAAAAAAUAUAGAAGAACCCGUUGUUCUAGAUUUAGCAUGCAAAGCUCAUAGACCAGAACAAACUGACGUUUAUGACAAUGAUGACUACAGCCCAGAAAGUGAAACAGACAGCGAAGAAAGUAUGGAAAUCGAUGUAGAUGAAAUACAGCUACAGGUCAAUGUUAUUGAAGAUGAAACUGAGAAUGAAAAUGGAACAGUGAAGAGAAAUGAAAAAAGAACAAAUAAGAGGUUUAUCAAUAAGCAAUUAAGAAUGGCGGGAAAGCGGUAUUUAGGGUUUAGAAAGCCACGGAAUCAAAGCAAUACGUUCCAUGAUACAACAAGAACAGAGAGAAAAUUGGGUGCCAGGUGCAGCUGUAAACAAAAAGCCAAAGAUCCGACAAGAAAAUGUUUCAAGCUGACGGAAGGAAUGCGCCAAGCUAUUUUUCAAAACUUUUGGUCUAACAUGACGUGGGAUCAACGAAAAGUGAACGUCAGUAAUACUGCUAAAGUGACUGAAAAGGCUAGACCAAAAGAAGCAGAAAGCUCUCGACGAAAUAUAACCAUCAAAUAUUUUUUGAUUUGUGGAAAUGAAGAAGUACCUACCCGUGUGAAGGAUACUGAUAAGCUUUAUUUAGAACAAAAUUUUCAAUCUUUUGCUCAACUUCACAGGGUCUACGAAAUUAAGUGCCAGGAGAAUGAAAAAAAACCUUUAUCUGCUAAGACAUUAACAAAAAUGGCUGAAGAAAUGAAUUUACCGCUAUUUCGUCCAAGGAAAGACCAAUGCGAUAUCUGUUUCAAAUACAAAAAUGGCAAUUUAUCUGAAAUGGACUACAGUGAACAUAUUAACAUGAAAAAUAGCGCCCGAAAGGAGAAAGAAGAAGAUAAAAAAAAAGGCCUUAGAAGGACAGUGCAAUGUUAUUGUAAUGGAUGUUCAGUCUGUCAAGUUAGCACCACAGCUAAAAGCUAG